GUUCUUUAUCCGACGCAGGCGAAGACGAGUUCUGAAAAUCGCGCUGCGCCCCGGCCUCAUGAACGCGCUGUACGGUGCCACCAGCAUGUGCUUAGGCUGCGAGCCCCGGAUGCCCGCCCUGCCCAGAGCCGAGCCCCCCCCGCACGGGCGGGGCCCCCAGUACUUCACCUUCGACACACUGCCCGCGAUAAGCCAGACCCCUUCCCGCCGGAAUCCGGCCCGGGGCAGGAAACGACUGCGCAAAGUGCUCUACCCCCCCGUGGUGAAACGCUACUAUCCGGCCAAGGAGCGCAGCCAGGCCAAGCGUCUGCUCUUCAUCCUCCUCACCAUCAUCUUUUACCAAGUCUAUAAUGCUGACGAAGACCUGGCCCUGGGGCCCGAGCAGGGGGUCCGUGACUGCUCUGCGGAGAGCGGGGGCUCCCGCUCUGAGACCCCCCUCUCAGAAGUGCUCCUGACACCCCUGGAGGUCCCAGAGAUGGCCAACGCUACCAGUUUGCAUGGGGGCCAUGAGGCUGCUGAAUCCAACGUGGAAAUCAGCCAGUUCCUGGAGCAGAAUCCAGCUGCUUUCUGAGAUCCCCACCCAGCAUUUCUCAGGCCAAGACACCUAAGGGGUCAACUGGGCUGGGCUCCAGUCACUAAUGGGUUAACCCCGCCUGAUCUUUGGCCAGCUCUUUCUGCUGCUGUCUCUGAACUAAGCCAGUGAAGAAUCUGCACGCUUGAUGUCAAUAGCAACGUGAAACCUCUCUGCAGCCGUGAGCAGGGAAUUCCUGGCUCCAGCCAUGACUGAGACAUUGUGUGUGGGGGAGGGGUAUUACUGACAUAACUUAAUAUCUAAUAUUUAUAAUAUUUAUACACUUGUAAUUUAAAGAUAAUGUGCUAUUAAUGAUCGAAGCUGGAACAUGCUAGUGAGGAAAACGCUGCUUUAAUCCAGGAUGGAAUAAAACCGUUAAAUGUCCUCGUCCGUUUAAACGGGGACAUGUAUCUUUCUCCGUUUCUCUACGGGGACUUUAAUGUUUAUUAGUGCUGUUCCCCGGGGAGGAGAAAUACCGCUUUAAUUGGUAGCAAAGCAGCCUGAGGCAAGGUGGAGGGAUAGCUGGCUGCAAAUCCCAGGGAGGUAUAAAACUGUGGAAAUGCUACUGGGAGGGGUAAAAAACUUCGAUGGCCAAAUGCACUAGAAUUCAACGCUACAGUUCUCCAGACAGAGGCUGGGCUGGGCUGCUCUGUGGCAAAACAGCCUCUGAUCCUUGGGUCUCCUAUAAACUAGGUACUUGAUUGGGACACAGAACUAAGGCAGUGCUGGUGCAUGGGGGCGGAGGGCAAAGUUUUGAGGGCGAAAAAUUAUUUGGGUGCUUUAAACCAGGAGCAAACUGGGAUUUUCCUGACCCUGGGAGGAGGAGAGAAGUCAGGGUAAGAGACAGCCUGCUCUAAAGAGAGCACUGACCCCUCCGCCCUUCCCUCUGAUGCCCCCCCAGCUAUGUUUACACCCUGGGUGUCUGACCAGCAGGGUCCCUGGCUGCUGUGUACGCUUACUGUGUAAGCUCCUGCAGAGGCUGAUACUUGCCCCAAACUGACCAAACCUCAGGCUGAUGUUUCCAAGGCGUUUUUGCCCCAAACUCUCUCUGACGAGUCGUCCAACCUAUGUAUGUUCUGUGAACAAAAUAAACAUGUUGACUCCUG